GAUAUGUCGCGGUACUCGUGUUGCCCUUGACUUCGUCCAAUUUAAUAGUGUUUUUAAAGAAUUCAUUCAAUGUAUUAAUAAAUAAUUGCAUUAAUAUCGUUAAUAUUUGUCUAAAUUGUGUUUUAAAAGGUGUUGUGUGUUUAGUUUUCAUAGGCGCUGUCUAUAUUUUGCAUAGCGUCACCUGACCGAACUCAUUGUCAUUUCCCGCCAUUGUGAUUAUCGAAGAAACUAAAUUGAGGUUUUUCGGUGUUAAUUGAGAUAUUUAGAUGAAAAAUCGCUAAAUCGUGUUAUCGCGGCUGAGUAAUGUCAUUACACGGUAAUGACGUUUGUUUGCUAGAAAUAGAAGACUACAACUUAUACGAAGAAGAAGCAUCGGAUCACGCUUUUGCCAGGAGUGAGAAGCAUUCAACGUCAGGAAGUAAGACAAUGGAGGCAGAAAAGAGAAUCCGCAGGGAGAUUGCUAACAGCAAUGAAAGGAGGCGCAUGCAGAGCAUAAAUGCUGGCUUCCAAGCUCUACGAACACUUUUACCCCGUCAUGAGGGGGAAAAGCUCAGCAAGGCCGCAAUACUGCAGCAAACAGCAGAGUACAUCUACUCCUUGGAACAAGAAAAAACAAGGCUAUUGUCACAAAAUUGCCAAUUAAAGAGAUUGCUGAAUCAGCAUGAGGGAGGAGAAAUACCAUUGAAGAAAAGAAAAAGUGAAAUUAUUUCUCAUGUACCAUCUAUUAUUCCUGACUCAACUGAUGACACAAUCUCCAAGUCAAGGUCACCUGAACCAGUUGCUUAUAUCUCUGUAUCAACUGGUCCCCAAAAGAAAGAUAUUGAGAGCACUGAACUGAAGACUCAAUUAGAGCAGGAAAGACGUCUACGAAGAUUGCUUGAGGAGCGUUUGCACUCUUUUGAGACACAGAUUUACCCAGAAACAGGGAGAGAUUUAACACAUCCAGUUCACUAUGAACAAACAGAUGUUUCCCUAUGCAAGCUUGAAGGUGAUGAGAUUGAAGCACCGGUUGUUGAGGCCCCUGUUGCACCUUUAUUGGAAGCAGCUAUUAAGGCAGAACCAAGAGUGGAGGUAGAAGUGUUGCCUGAUGCCACUCAUGAUGCAUCUUCACGCUUGUACCUAGCUAGCACAAGCCGUCAGAAUUUAGAGACAAUUGUAGAGGCUAUUCGUCACUUGGAAGGAGAUCAUUUAUUCCGGGAGGAGGCGGGAGACGCUCCGUUAGCGCUGACUAAGAAAGUGGAGCGAGCGCCGCCGCCCCCGCGACCGGGCGUUAUUGUCGUCAAGCACUCGUGAUUGCGCUAGUCGUACUGAGUUAUUCGGUCAACGAGCACUCCCUGACCCUCCUCGAAUAUAGUUUUAAAAAAUUUUAGUUGUUAAAUUGUCUUUUCCAAAGUGACGAAUCGAUAAGUCUGCGUUUUUUAUUUUUUUUACACAUUGAUUGUAUGGAUACGUGAUUAAAAGGAUGCAUUGUGGUUGACAGUCGGCACUGUGCUUAGUUUAGUCUCAAAUAUAAUGAAAAUAACUUGAUUGUAAUUUUUAACCUGUUUGGUUUAGUGCGGCUUGCUGCAACAGUUUUGAUGACUUGUAAUGACUGACUUACAUAGGAUUAGGGUGAGAGAAUAAGUAAUUUGAAUGCCGCGUGCCAAUAUUAUUUCAUGAUAUUGUUAAAUGUGUAGGAGUAGAUAAAGAAAUGUUAAGACUAGAAUUGUGUAUUCAGACAGUUUAGAUCAAUUAUUAGCUAUUGAUAAAAAAACAGCAAAAGAUUUAUCAUGGAAGCAAUAAGCAAAGUUGAGAUUGAUGCUUGUAAUAGUAAAAUGGUAUUCUGGGUUAUUAUGAAACAAGAAUUGUUUAGGCAUGCGGCGAUAUAAGUUGUUUUCAACUUGCAAUUACUCAUUUGAAAGGUAUAUAGUGUGUAAAAUUAUGUUUCAUAGACAGUUUUUAUAGUACUCCCAAAGACUGGAAGUACAAGCUCGUCAUAUUCUCAAUAAAUUAUUAUUUAUGACAGUUUUUGAACCAGUUUUUGCGGGAACUAUAAUAUUUUAGGUAUCUCCUUUUCAUUCUAUACAAUUUUUGUAUGUAUUUUGAAUGCUCUAUAGGUUCUAUUGGGUGUAAGGUUUGUACGUAAAAGUUACGUAUGUAUUACUAUUUUAUUGACUUACAGUUAUUAAGUCAGUUGUAAAAAGAGGGUGAAUAAAAUUAAAUGUUGAAUUGAUCUAAAAUAUUAUGUCCAGUGUAGUGUUUGUGUUACAAGUCCCAGUGCUUUCUUUAUAUUCUAUAAUGAUAGUGAUUUAUCAAGUGGCUUUCACAUUGCCCUCAAUGUUUGGGUCAGAAAUUCUAAUUAAGAGCAUUCCAUAUGUUCGAAUCUCUUCGAGCAUAGUUUAGAGUAAUACUUGUGAAGUGUAGUUUAAUUGAAGCAUGAUUUAUAUGUUAUAUUUAAUUCAAGUAGAUAUAAUGCUUACAAUAAGCAUAGUAAUGGUUUAGGACUUGGUUAAAUAUAAACACGAUCUUGAAUUAAAUAUCUAAAAAGGAACAAGUAUGUUCAUUAUUCUACCCAUAUGUAAAUUUAAUAUUGUGAAAAUAGCAAAUAAUCGCAUUAACUACUGAGCAGGUUAGAAUGUGCUGCUCGGUGGAGUAGCAUUGGGCCAAUCGAGCGGGCUACGAUUGACACCCGAUGCCUCUUUACUUAGCUUUGAUACUAUCGAUUUAUAGUCAAAUCUACAGUUUUUAUGGUGAUUUGAUCAUCGAUUUGAACGAUUGAAGAGUUCGUGAAAAUUUUAAAAUACUUUGAAUAGAUGUAAGGCCCCCGCGGUGGACCGAGUGGAUCCAUGUUUAACUAAAACGGUCUUGUGUUUUAAUUAUUGUUCGCUUCAACUUGCUGUCGUUUUUAUUUUGUUAAAACUUAACCAGCAGUGCUUUUGUUAAUAUUUUUUUCUUCUGUAAGUUUUGAGACAUUGUUUAGUUACGACUCGGCAACAGAGUGACUAAUGACGUAGCGAAGAAAUAAACCAGUGCCGUGCUCCUUUAUCGGGGAUCAUAUGAAUUUGUUAAGACUGAUCAUUAAUUCAUUAUUAAGUUACGCUAGUUCGAGCCACCAUAUUGGUAGUUUUAGAAUGUGUGUGUAUGUGUGUUAUGUUGAUGUAGCUAUUUAUGUGGAUGUAUGAUGAAGUGACAGAUGUAUGAGAUGUUGCUUAUCCGAUAGUUUUACAGAGAUUCCUUCAUUUUGACAUUUAGAAAUAAUUAAAACCAUCAAUUUCAUUAUUGUAUGUUUCGAUCAUUUGUAUUGAUAAUAAGUAAUUAUAUGGAAUCUCUCUAGCUCUGUUGGAUGCUGUUAUGUUUACUUUGUAGUUCUUUGAUGUGAUUCGAGUUAUUUAUUUGUCAUGUACUCCGUUCCCACUGGACUAGACAGUUCCAAUGCCAGCACUGCACAUUGAAUGGUCGAGGCUAGAGUUGUCUGUUCAGUGUUAAAAAUCUCACUCGACAUGUCUUGUGUAUUUUGCGCUUUAUCCGCUUAAUUCACAAAACACCGGGUAUAUGAUUUAAAAAAAAACGUUAUUGGGGUUAUUUGUAAGAUAUUAAUUUCUAUAAUUAUAAAAUCCAGUGAAUUUAUGUCAUACUAUUAUUAAGCCCUCCCUUCUAGUUCAUUGUAACACUCUGUUUCUGAGUCCAUAGUUUUAAGGAGUUGUCUGCCUACCGCCUUUUACAUUAUGUCAGUAUAGGAUAAUUAUUAACAAUGUAAUAUAAUGGACUUGGUUAUACUAUUAGUGUAGUCAAAGUAUCUAGAACAUAAGAGAUUUUAAGUCAAAGAAAGCAAGUUAAAUUGUUUAAAAUGUGUUAUUAUUUAUGUCUUAAAGUAUUAAAAUGGUUAUUUCUUAUUAAUUAGUUUGUAAACCACGAUUAUGAGUAUGUUCAUUAGAGCUUUUUUUUACUUUGACAUAUGACUAAAACCAAUAAAACGUCUUUUCGACUAGGGGAUGCAUAAUAUUCCAUAAAAUAAACAUUUUUGAUAGCUUGUAAAUGGGAUAAGACUAUGUUUGAUCCCUGAUAAAAGUAAAUGUUAGUAAUUAAAUUUUAUUGUAAUCAGAGUAUAUGCAGAAUUGUAUGCACUUUUAAAUCGUUAUUUACAUUUUAAGUGGGUAUUUUGAAAAAGUUUAAGAUCUUCAUAAUACCCACAUUUGUCUGUUGAUUUUUUGUCACCACAUUUUUAAAUUAUUCAUAAACAAAGUAAAUAAGAAGUUACAUAAUUCGAAUCUAAUUAAAUUAUAGGGUGAACAGAGCGAGGGCGAUUCAAUAUUUAUGUUGAGUCGUUAUAUUGCAAAAAUUUUACUCAAAACCAACAUAAUAUUGGUACCGUGUUCUCAAACGCAUACAAUGCUACGUAUACCGAUGUAUUCGUACUGUUUUAUAAUUUGACAAGUGUUCUGUAUUUGUAAAUAGUCACAUCUUUAUUAUUUUAAUUUCUCAAAUGCCAUUUUAAUUGACUUUGCGUAGUUUCGACGGCGAGGAGUGACCUCGCGUGUUGUGUUUUAUUGGUUUUCAGUGGCAAUUGAUGUGAAUACGUACACAAUUCCAUUUUCUACACUCUAUCGCGUGUUCUGAUCACAACAAAGAUCAAAGGUCCCCUUUGAUAUCUAAGAUCUUUUUACAAUAAAAUUGUUUUGCAUUUUUAAUUAAGUUCUGUCCAAGUAAGUGGUUACUUUAAGAAGCUUUUAGAUUCAGUUUAGCGAGUCUAAAAUUAGAGGUGGGGUGAACAUCACUAUUGUAUGCACCGAAAUGUUUUAUUGUAAUUAUAUACGCAAGAUUUUUUUUUUUAUUUUGUAAUGCAUUCACCCGAUCGCUAACAGACUCAAGUUCCUAUACACGAUAGUUAGUUAUGAUGUAAUUUUUUACAGUUCGUAAUUAAGAUAAUGAUAAAGUGUAGAAAACAAUGCAAGGAUGUUUCCUUUUUGAUAUGAAGUUGAUGAAUUAUAUUUCCUCUCAUUUUAAUUGUACCACAUUUGACCUACAUUUGCGAAUAUUUAUAAAAUGAUUGAUA